CUCCAGUGCAGGUCCCCUAUUUUUGUCAGGAACUUUGGGCGGUACCUCCCCGGUAGCGCUCGAGGCCACGCAUCACCACGAGAGCAUCCCAACCCCAUCUCUUUGUUCCCUCCUUAAACCUUUUUCCAAACAUCCUAGCUUCCCCAAAAACCUUGAUCGACUGUGUUGCAUUUUCGAGUUCUCGUUCCGAUCGAUAGCGCUUCUCUGGAUGUGUUAAACAGCUUCUCGACUUCUCGCACCUCCCCUUGCGCUGCAUGGUUUCUUUUCCUUUCGCAUCAUGAAGAUUGCUUCGCUGUUGAGCCUCGCCGGCUUCACGGCUUUGGCUCAUGGCUCCAGACCGGCACGAGAUUACGCAUUAAACGAUUAUUAUGUUCUGCACCUCGAUACGACAACGACGCCCGACCAAGUCGCUAGUCGACUCGGAUUUGCCCACGAGGGCCAGCUUGGUUCGCUCGACGACCAUCAUGUUUUCCGCGCCCGCAAGGCCGAACACGACAUUGUGAAGAGAGAAAUAACAGAGAGAAAGAGAAGGAAGCGAGAUCUGGGAGGCUCUGAUCCAGUUGAUGGUAUUCUUUUGUCAAAGAAGCAACAAGCACGACAACACCUGUUCAAGCGAGAGAUCCCUCCACCGCCAAAAGGCUAUGUCCCCCAACUGGGCCGCCGCGAAUCACCGGUCGAAGCUCGAGACCUGAUGAGCAAAUACCAGGCGUCAAUUAUGAAGGAGCUGGACAUCCAAGACCCCAUCUUCAAGGAGCAGUGGCAUCUAUUGAACCCCACUCAAGUCGGCCACGAUGUCAAUGUCACUGGCCUUUGGCUGGAUGGUAUUACCGGAAAGAACGUUACUGUGGCCGUGAUUGACGACGGUCUUGAUAUGCAUAGCGAUGAUCUCAAGCCCAACUAUUUCGCCGCUGGCUCUUGGGAUUUCAACGACAACGACCCCGAACCUGCCCCUGUUUUGGACGAGGACCGACACGGUACACGCUGCGCUGGUGAAGUGGCAGCUGCGCGCAACGAUGUCUGCGGUAUCGGUGUCGCAUAUGAUUCCAAGGUCGCCGGCCUUCGAAUUCUUAGUAAGCUCAUCAGCGAUGCCGACGAAGCGGAAGCUAUGAUGUACAAAUACGACGACAACCAUAUCUACUCUUGCUCAUGGGGUCCGUCUGAUGAUGGUCAAACCAUGGAGGCGCCCGAUGUAGUGAUUCGAAGAGCUAUGCUCAAGGCGAUUCAAAAGGGACGUCGUGGUCUUGGUUCCAUCUACGUUUUUGCCAGUGGUAAUGGUGCUGGUCAAGGCGAUAACUGCAACUUCGAUGGAUACACCAACUCAAUCUACAGCAUUACCAUUGGUGCUGUUGACCGAACUGGACUUCAUCCCUACUACGCUGAGGAGUGCUCUGCUCAAUUGGUUGUUACAUACAGCAGUGGAAGCGGGGAUGCUAUUCACACAACCGAUGUCGGAAAGAACAGCUGUUACAAGGCUCACGGUGGUACAUCUGCUGCCGCGCCACUUGCUGCUGGUAUUUUUGCUCUGGCGCUUCAGGUUCGCCCCGAGCUCACAUGGAGAGACUUACAAUACAUCGCCAUGGACACGGCCAUCCCGAUUGAAGGUGACGAGUCCAACCAGCAGAAUACCACGAUUGGCAAGAAGUUCAGCCACGUCUUCGGUUAUGGAAAGAUUGACUCUUGGGCUUUGGUUGAGAAAGCCAAGGAUUGGCCGCUGGUCAAGCCACAGUCAUGGUAUUUCUCUCCUUGGGUUCAUGUCAAGAAGUCGAUCCCUGAGGGUCGAGAUGGUUUGAGUGUGACGCUUGAAGUUACCGAGGACAUGCUCAAGGGCUCCAACCUCGCUCGUGUUGAGCACAUCACUGUUACUAUGAACGUCGAGCACACUCGACGUGGUGACCUGAGCGUUGACUUGAUCAGCCCUGACAAUGUGGUCAGCCAUCUUGCGGUCGCCCGACGAGGCGAUGCCAAGGAGGAGGGAUAUAUCGAUUGGACUUUUAUGAGUGUUGCUCACUGGGGUGAAAGUGGUGUCGGCAAGUGGACUAUCAUUGUCCGUGACACUGAGAAGAACUCAUUCAAGGGCAGCUUUACCGACUGGCGCCUGAAGCUAUGGGGUGAAGCUAUUGAUGCAGACAAGGCAACUCUAUUACCCAUGCCUAACGCAGAUGACGACAAGGACCACGAUAAGAUUGUGUCUACCACAACAAUUGCUGCUUCUACAACCUCAGCUCCUCCUGCUACCAAGCCUACUCUCAUUGAACAUCCUACUGAUCACCCUGAACGUCCCAACAAGCCCGCUCGACCUACCGGCACCGACGAGGAAGAGCCCUCAAGCACCCAAGAGUCUGCCGAGGAAUCGACUACAGCUUCAUCAUCCUGGGUCUCUUGGCUCCCCACCUUCGGCGCCUCCAAGACAGCACAGGUCUGGAUCUAUGGCGCAGUCGGUCUCAUCGCAGCCUUCUGCAUCGGCCUUGGUAUCUACUUCUGGAUUGCCCGUCGCCGUCGUCUCCGCAACACCUCCCACAACAACUACGAAUUCGAACUCAUCGACGAAGAAGAGGCUGAGGGUCUUCGAGCCGGCGAAAAGGCCGCCGGCGGUAAGGCCCGCAGGACUCGUGGCGGAGAGUUGUACGAUGCUUUUGCCGAGGGCAGUGAUGAUGAGCAGUUUGAAGACUACAGAGAUGAUCGUGAGCAAUCUCGUGAUAGAUUGGCUGGUGAUGAUACGCAGCAUUAUGCUGUGGGAGAAGACAGUGACAGCGAUGAGGAGAGUGAGGAAGAGAGUAGUGAUGAUGAGAAGGGUGAGACGAGACCAUUGGGUGGACGUUGAUACAUGACUUGGGCAUCGUAGCAAGCCAUUUGGGUGCUUUUUGCAUGGAUAAGCGGAGUUUUAUGUGAUUUGUCUUAUCUAUGUUGGUAUAUUGUGCUUUUGUCAAUAGACCUUGGAUGGCGUUUGGUACAAAAUGUCAAGAUUGAAAUAUGAGGUGAUUCUUGCA